UUCAAACCCAAGCAAGGUUAACCAUUUGGCGGGUUUUAAGAGAGAGAGAGUGGGGCAAAACCCUGGUUCUGGCGGAACGACGGCAGCCAUGGAUUCUGCGGCUUCUCAGAACGCCCGAGAAUCGUUGGAUCUGGUGCUACACAUCUCGAACUUGCUGAGCACGGGGUUGGACCGCCAUACGCUUUCCAUCCUCGUAGACCUCUGCGAGAGGGGUGUCAACCCCGAGGCCCUCGCUGCCGUCGUCAGGGAGAUCCGCCAAGAAUCCUCCGCUCCCCCUCUCCACCACCUCAAGGACCAACAUCAUUAGCUUCCCCCCGCGGCAGCCAAUCAUCGUCGUCCUUCUCCUCUUGAAUCCGGAUGUAUGAAUGAGAAGGUGACAGGUGGUGAAGUGGAUUUGCAGCGUCGAACAUGCAAAUGAUGUCAAGAUAUCUUACAUUUUGUGAAAGUCUGUAUCUUCUCUAGGUGGCUAAAUUGUUAUUAGCUGCUCGAGAAGCAUCUCUAUGGUAUCCAUUAAACUUACAGGAUUAUUUUGGACCUUUUGUUUCUGAAGCGGUCCACAGAUUCUAUUGUACAUUAUUUGUCAAAACAUUUCUUCAGUUUGUGUUCCUUGGUGUAUCCUCUUCUAGUUCA